UGCAUUGAAAAUGUUCGUCUCUUGGCGAUGUUUAUAUCGUGUGUCUUGGCACUCGAAACACAGUGCUUUGAAGUUUGCUCACUUUCCUAGAGUUGAUUAUUUAUUUACUAAAAUGUCGAAGGGGGUACCAAAUAUUGAUCUUGGAAAUGGAUACACCAUUCCUGGACUGGGCUACGGAACGUAUUUGGCGAAGCAAGGGCAAGGAAUUGACCUAGUGAAGAAGGCAAUCGAUGCAGGCUACCGACACAUUGAUACUGCUUUUUUGUACGAAAAUGAAGUGGAAGUCGGCGAAGCCAUCCGUGCAAAAAUAUCCGAAGGAGUAAUCAAGCGCGAGGAUGUCUUCGUAACUUCUAAGCUAUGGAACACAUUUCACCACGCGGACCACGUGGCCGAAGCUUUUCAACGGUCGUUCGACAUGAUCAACCUCGAGUAUAUCGAUUUAUAUUUGAUGCACUCGCCAAUGGGACUGGAAUUUCAGGGGUACGAGUACUCAAAUAUGCAACCGAAGGAUUCCGAUGGGAACGCGCUGUUCUCCGAUGUGGACUACGUCGACACUUGGAAGGCGAUGGAAAAAUUGGUAAAAAGUGGCAAAGUUCGCAGCAUUGGCUUGUCAAAUUUCAACAGUGAACAAAUCAGUCGAAUCUUGGAAAUUGCCGAAAUCAAACCGGUUAACAAUCAAAUUGAGGUGAAUCCGGGCUGGAAUCAGAAAAAGUUGAUUGAAUUCUGUCGGAGUCAUGACAUAACGGUAACGGCGUUUGGACCGAUGGGAAGACCGCAUCGCGCUACUUAUGGAAACAAAACGGCUCUGGGGGAUCCACGAGUGUUGGAUAUUGGGAAAAAGUACGGUAAAACCGAUGGACAAGUAAUAUUAAGAUAUUUGAUUCAACUCGGCACGAUUCCAAUUCCUUACUCAACAAAAGAAGAACGGAUUCGGCAGAACAUCGACGUGUUUGACUUCAGUUUGACUGACGAGGAAAUGCAAUACAUGGAUUCAUUCCAGUCGGAGCGAACGCUGCCCUUCCCUCCAUUAAAGAAGCACAAAUAUUACCCAUUUGAUGCUGAAUUUUAAAGGUUCAGACAUUUCAAAAAGGACAACUAAUUUCGGGCACAUAUAACGUACUACAUAGAGAACUAAUCAUGUCUCGUGUCUAUUUAAAACUGUUUGAAAAAAUAAAAGCGAUUUUUUACUCAGAGUACAAA